AUGACCAAGAUCAACUUUCUACCCACCUUGCAGGAUGCCUUUGAACCUUUGCUGCCCCAGCAGGUAGAAAUACUUCGCCAGCAAGUGCUCUCCGAGGGUGGCGACUCGGCCUCUGUUCAAUCCAGAUUCAACUAUGCCUGGGGGUUAAUCAAAUCGGAAGACGUAAACGAUCAACGACUUGGUGUCAAACUCCUAACCGACAUCUAUAAGGAAUCAUCUGUCCGGAGAAGGGAGUGUUUGUACUACCUGAGCAUCGGAUGCUACAAAUUAGGGGAAUACACCAUGGCCAAGAGGUACGUGGACACAUUGCAUGAACAUGAACCCAACAACAAACAGGCACAGGCUUUGAAAACCAUGGUCGAAGAUAAAGUCCAGAGGGAGACAGUGAAGGGCUUGGCCCUGGCAACAGGCGUAAUCGCCGGUGCCGCCGCAGUCGCGGCCGUCUUCUUCAAAGGCAGGAAGAAAUGA